AGGCCGUUGUCAUAGUCAUGUAACUAAAUAAGAUGAAGUGAUAACAAUCGAGAUAAUAUAUUCCGAAGCAGCCAAGAGGGGACAAACUGUGUCAGCGACUUGGGAUGCAAGGUUUAUCUCGCUCUCUCAUCAUAAUAUUCCUUUGGUUUCAGAAAUGAUAAGUACAACUUUAGCUGUUACUUCUCACCUAACAAGGAGGUCGACAUGCAGCUUCCAUCGCCUUGUGUGUUCAUCCUACUUGUCAAAGGCACCAUUUUCUGCAUCCUGUGGCCGUUGCAUGGAGCAGAGUGCCAUGAGAGAUGAGCAAAAGCAAGACUUCAAAUGGCUGUGGCCGGUCUACAAAGAGAUGGAGCUCUAUAUAGCAGGGCAUAACGCAGGCAGCAAGCAGACAGGUUGUAUAUGUCGAUACAACACGAAAAAACCCUUAACAGUGGAUCAUGUGGUGACUGCGCUGAAGCAUUUUCAGAGGAAACUGCCAAACUACCGAAUUUUCACAAAAGAGCGCGACGGGGAGCUGUGGGCCUGCGAAGCUCCUGACCCAGAACUCGACUUCAAGGUCUCGGAGGGCGCCGCCGUGCGCGACAUGAUGGCGGAGAUGAUGUCGUCGCCCCUCGGCAGCGAGCGACCUCCGCUGUGGAAGGCGCGCCUGGUGCCCGUGCCUGACGAAGCGCGCUGCUGCCAUCCCGAGGUGAAGGCCGCCUUUCCUCACCAAUACGAUUUCGUCUUCCUGCCGCACCAUGCCAUUUCCGAUGGCAGUAGCAUGACAGUCACCAUGAGGAAUCUCACUUCGCUGCUUGAUGACGUCAUAGCUGGGAGAACCGUAGAGGAUGACAAGCCUUUGGGGAUUUUGGCGGACUAUACGGAGGUUUCGGAAUUAGACGCGGCGGUCGAGAGGGAGCUGGAGGAGGACCCCGAGAGAUUCAGAGCGCUGAAGGAGGAGACUCUGGCCUGCGACACGGCGCCCAUCAUCCUGAAGGCCUUUCCCCCACCAGGAGGCAAGCCGGCAACCCGGUGCGUUUUCCGCAACGUGGAGCAGGAUGUGCUUGCUCGCUUCCGUUCUGCUUGCAAGGCCAACGGGGUGUCGUUCAACAGCGGGUUCGAGGCCGUGAUCAACACCGCCCUCGUGGAGAUGGUGCGCGACGCGGGCGUGGAGGGCGAGGCGCACAGCAUCAGCAUCAACCUGGCCACGGAUCUGCGGCGGUACAUGAAGCCUCGGCCGUUGCCCAUCCUCGGCCUCUUCGCCCGCCCCACCGUGCACAGGAUCCAGACGCCCGUCAGUGUCCGUUCUCGCUUCUGGGACUACACCAAGGAGCUCCACCGGAAGGUCACGGGUCUCCUGAGUUCCAGCGAAGCCUUCAGCCAAGACGUGGUUCGACGCCUGACGCUGCCCCCUGUCUCGGCCGAGGAGUACUACGCCGGGCCGCCCUUGCCGCUGCGGGACUACGGCCUCACGAACCUCGGAGACUUCACUGCCAGAAUCCCAGGGACAGGAGACCACCUGCAGCUCACGGACAUCACCAUGUUCGCUGCCAUCCACCUGUCCGUCUAUAUGAUGCUGCACCAGAUCUAUACUUUCCGUGGGUUCUCCCCUUACACGCUGAGCUACGAUACCUCUUACAUGACCGAGCACACCGCCAGCAUGCUCGCCGAUGCAGUUCUUGAGCUCCUUGGCGAGUUCGGUCGACCCUAAACUCACAGUCAACGGGAAGGGAUCAGCUGACUAAUAAUUAGAUUGCGUUAUCUGUUUCCAAAAGAUGUAAAAUAUAUAACUGACUUUAUAACAAAAAAGGAAAAAAAAUAUCCUAAACUCACAGUCAACGGGAAGGGAUCAGCUGACAAAUAAUUAGAUUGCGUUAUCUGUUUCCAAAAGAUGUAAAAUAUAUAACUGACUUUAUAACAAAAACGGUAAAAAAAUGUCCUAAACUCACAGUCAGCGGGAAGGGAUCAGCUGACUAAUAAUAAGAUUGCGUUAUCUGUUUCCAAAAGAUGUAAAAUAUAUAACUGACCUUAUAACAAAAAAGG